UCGAUAUUUUUUCCAAAAAAUGUUUAUUUAACUAAUUUAUGCUUAAGAUGAUGGAAAUAUAUGAAAAAUUUUAUUAUUUCUUAUGCAUGUAUCGUAAAGGUAUUCCCAUUAUAUACAUACAAUGUUUGAAAAAUAUAUAUACAUACAUAUACAAUAGAUUAUUACCAUUUUUUACAAUUAAGGAAGCAUGAUUAAGAAAAAAUUUUUUAUGAAAAAUUACUGUAAAAAUCUGAGUGUUCCUUCACUGUACACGUUAAAUUAUUACUCCAUUCUGCUGAUAUGUAUCGCAAAUAAAUUUGUAUAACUGUUAACAGUAAAGGUAAAAAUGUUAAGAAUUCUAUUUGUUGUAUAUUGUAUAUGUAUUCAUCUGAAGUUCCAAGGUGCAAAAACGUUAUCGCGAUAUCAUAAAAUAUUAUUUUACUAUAAAAUACUUGACACUUUCAUAUGCUUGUGUUUGAUAAAUUUACUAAUAAAUUCUUUUAUAUAAAACACUUUCUGCAAAGCAAAAGAGUUUGGUUCUUGGAGUUCUGUACAGAUCAAUACAAGAUGUUAGUUAAUAGUUUAUCCUGUUAUUCUGAUCACAUUCAGAUAUAGGUGCCCUUUUUACAUAACACAGAAUAUUCACCCAACAGAAGGCUGCAAUACUGACAAAAGUCACUCUCAGCGACGCCGGUAUUAAUAAGAAAUUUAAGAAUUGUACUGGUAACCAAUACAUACAUGAAGUCUGAAAAUGAAAAAUUCAAUUAAUCACAAAUUUAUUGAAGAAAUACGAAUUUCUUUUGAAUUACCUUGAACGUUUGUACAAAUUUAGCUUUACAUUCGUUGAAAAUAUCUGCUUUAUUCUCCAUUAGGCUCAUACCUAAAAUAUUCAUAGAAAUAAAAUCUUGUAAAACAGAAGAGAAAAAUAUAAAUUGAAUAAAAAUAGAAGACUCACUGAUAUAAAACACAAUAAUCAAUGGUGGUGUAAAAACAAAUUGGUCAACAAAAAGCUUCGCAAGAACGAUCUUCAUUGUUUUACCUUUGCAAAAGGUGUCCAACCAUUUAUACCUGAUGAAAACAGUAUUGAUUAUUAAGAAAUUUACUGUCGAUCUUUAUCUACUUAAGAGAAACAAAAAAGUUUCGUUCUAACUGAUUGUACAAACAUUCGAGUAUCGACGAUUACAACAUGUGUGGAAUAUGCCUAGAAUAAAUAUAUAUAAAAUUUUGUAGCAUUAAAAAUGUCAAAGCAGCAUAAGUUCACCGAAGGUGAUACACAGCGUGAAAAAUUCGACUUCCCGACGAAAGCAUUUUGAUGCAAUCGUCAUUCAGUCUGUAGUUAGAUUAUCUAAUGUUAGUACCAAUAAUAAAAAGAAGUAUUCAAUCUGACAAUAAUAACAACCAAAAGGGUUUCUUUUUAAUUAUAUGAAACACGGAUCACGGUUUCGUCGUCGUCUUCGUCUUCGCCUUCGUCUUCGUCUUCGUCUUCGUCUCCGUCUUCGGCAUUAUUAGCAUUUCAUUGUAUUCAUUACUUCAUACUUAAGGAGAUGUUAAUUUCGAUUAAGUCAAGAAAAUAUAUUUUCAUAAUAUGAAAUACAAUAAUCAACGUUUAUCAGUGUCCGGUGUGUCUCUUAUAAUCAAUUCAUUAGAAACUUAAUUGAUAAUAUUUGUGCGCGCAUGUAUUAUAUAGAGAACAAUGCUAAAAUAUGUAAAAGCCAAGCAUGGAAAGCGACAUAAAACAUAGUGGUAAUGGAGAAACAUUGCAAAACGCAAAGAUACCAUCCAUGGAGCAUCGGUCCUGCUAUGAAGCAACCAUAGAUAGCGUAUCGUUUAAGUUGAGCCCAAUUGUAAUUCCCCGAUUGCGUCAUACUAUCCUCAUCCGAUAAAGUUAAUGCCUUGUUAAAUAUUCUUAACCAAACGGAAGGCUGCGUUUGAUCAUCAAUCGUGUCGGAGUUUUUGAUCCGUUCCGGCAUCGGAGUUGUCAACGGAGGCUGUAACAUAAUCGUGACAAUUCUUUGAUGAGAUACUUUGAAGUGUAUGGGACCAAUGGGCCCCCUUGCUCCAAUUGCAGGACCACAAAGUUUUAUGGAAUUAGCUAGUCAAGGAUUUCCUCCACUACCUCCACCGAUACCACUGCCCGGAAUGAACGAUUCUCCUUUAGAGUUUAGCACAAAUAAGAAUCAACCACCGCUAGCUAGGGAAUCUAUGGAUGACAAUAAUGACAAAAAAACUGAGAAAAAUGAUAUCAGACGUGAACGAGAGAAUAGGGAGAGUAGAGAUAAUCGAGAUAGCAGAAGAUCGAGAAGUGAAAGAAGCGACAGAAGAGAAAGAGAUCGGGAAAGAAGGGAAGAAAGAAAUGAAAGGGAUAGAAGAGAAGAACGAAGACCUGAGGAACGAAGUGGUAUAAAUUCCUCAACGAAUAACAGUAAUGGUCAUAAUAAUAAUUCGAAUGGUAAUGAACUUCCGUCAUCGAAUGCUAGUGGAACUCCAAAUAUAGGAGCUCAAAUGGAACAAGCUACAGGUGUUUGGGGAAUGGGUGUAGGGUACCCUGUGAUGGGAAUGGGUCCUAUGGGGCCAAUGGGACCAAUGAUGAGCGAAAUGACGCUCGGUCCACACAUGGGACAUACGCAUAGUUAUGGCCCUAUGAGUAUGGGGAUGAUGUCGCACGACGGUAGUAUGAUUGGAGCGCAAAUAUUAGGUCCGGAACAAAUAAUGAGCGAUGCUGCUCAAAUAAUGAGCGGUGCCUUGCCUCCUCCACCGUCGGCACCGCAAGGUACCAAAGAAAUUAUACACUGUAAAAGUUGUACCCUAUUUCCACCAAAUCCAAACGCACCACCUCCAACAACUAGAGAAAGACCACCAGGGUGCAGAACAAUAUUUGUAGGAGGUCUACCAGAAAAUAUUACGGAAACGAUAAUUCAAGAAAUAUUCGAAAGGUGUGGAGAAAUAACUACACUACGACUUUCGAAAAAAAAUUUUUGUCACAUACGGUUCGUGCUUGAGAGCAGUGUUGACGCAGCUAUUUAUUUGUCUGGAUACAGAGUUAGAAUAGGAUCUAGUGGCGAUUCCGUAAACACGGGCAGACUUCAUGUAGACUUUGCUCAGGCUAGGGACGACCAAUACGAGUGGGAAUGCAGGCAACGUCAAUUGCAAAGAGAACAACGGCACAGAGAAAGAGUCGAGCAAGAACGGCAACGAGCACCGUCUAGUCCUCCUCCGGUUGUACAUUAUACGGACCACGAAGCGUCAAAUAUUUGUGAAAAAAUUAAACAAGACGAUACGUUUAUGAAAGCAGUGCAAGUUGUUGUAACUUGGCUCGAACGCGGGGAUUGCACUAAACGCAACGCCAACACGUUUUAUUCGAUGAUUCAGUCUACAAAUUCUCACGUUCGACGAUUACUCACGGAAAAAGUUGCGUACGAAGAGGAACUUCAGAAGGCAAAGGAACUAAUGAAGGGCAGGAUGCAAGGACUUUUGAUACAAUUCAGUCAGAUUGAACGCGUGUUUACUGCGGCCAGCCACAAGAAGGUCUGGGAUCACUUCACAAAGGCUCAACGGAAGAACAUCGAAAUGUGGAAGAAGCAAUCCUCGGAGAUCAAAGCGGUGCAACUGGAAGAAAGUUUGAUGGAAGGUGAAGGGGAGAUGGAAGUAUCCGAUUCGGAGGAAGAACCGCAACGCAAGAAGUCGAGGAAUCAAACGGACUCUCACGACGACUCCGAAAGAUUACAAGUCCUCAAAGAGGAGAACGAUAGUCUUCGAUGUCAAUUAGAAGCAUAUAAAAACGAGGUGGAUUUGUUGAAAUCCGAGACGAAAAGCGACAUCGAUGCGAAGGACAAACAAAUGAAAAUGUUACAACAAACUUUAAAAGGAAUGCAGGAACAGUUAAUGCAAUCGAGGAAACAGCAGGCUCAAGACGAUCAAAAAAUUAAGGAUCUGACCGUGAAAUUGAAUGCCACCAAAAAGGAGGAACCUAGAGAGAGCGAAAUCAUAACGCUGGACAAAGACGAUGACAUAAACGAGGAGCCACGGACUCCAAAACAAUUAUCUUUAACGUCUAGUUUUGUUCAAAUUACUCAAAAGGAUGCAAAGCUUAUAGGAUUAAUAGCGACAUUUUUACAUAUUCAUCCGUUCGGCGCGAGCGUAGAUUAUUUAUGGUCCUACCUACAAAAAAUGGAACACGGCAUCAAGCCAAAUGAAGUAGAAGCGCUGAUGCAACGAUUUCCCCAAGUCUUCAAGCAAGAUUUGUUUGGAAUUGGAGCGAAUAUGGAAAGACGUUGGCAGUUUUCAGGUUUCAAUGUUUAUCGUAGUCAUUGAGAUUGGUAGAACGAUUCGAUAAGAAAUUUUGUAAUAUUGUCAUGUCACGUCUCUUUUUAUGUAGAUUCAACCUGCGAGAUUCGGUUUUACAAAAAAAAAUGUUUUUUUUAUUUUUAUUUUACAACGCCAUCGUCGCACCAAGAACUUGUAAGUGAAAGCAGUAAAUCUAAUUAUUACCAAAAUUCUAUCGAGAAUUAAUUAAAGUUUUUGCUCUUUUCCUCUUCAUUUCACGUUGGAACACUCUCGAUCCAACGAUGAUAAAAAUAUCUAUAAUAUCGCUAAGUAUAGCGAGUAAGCUAAUAACACUUUUUAGACUAUGAUUAAAGAAAUGAGAAAGGAGAGCAACUUUUUCAUGUUGCCUAUAGUUUAGGAGAUUCGUCAUCAUGUUAGUUUCACCAAUUUUUAUGUGCCAUGGAACAAAAUCUUACUUUUGAGAGAAAACAAUGACUCCUAGCUGAUUCAUUGUCAACUUUAAUUCGACAAAAUUGUUAUCCACCACUUUCUUUUUAAAUUUCAACAUGAAUAUGUAUUCCACGAUAAAUCUUAAGGUGAAACAAGAAAAAACUUUGUAAGUUCUUGGUAGAUUUGUGCGUUACAUAUCGUACGUACAAUAUUGUGUACAAUAUUACAAUUCGUUAAUUGUAUUUCAAUUUAUCUGUUACGUUUGUCAACGUUCUAUUUCGUGGACUAAAAAAUGAAGUACCAGCAGUGCAUCGUACUUUUUAUAUCAACAGUUACAUAUGUUUCAGAAUUAAACAUAUACAAAUAUUCCAUACUGCAUAUGUUUAAUAUCAAUUUUAUAUUACACCGUAAAUUAAAUGUACAAAAAUAAUUGCAUGUAUCUUUGUAUCGACGUAUUCAUCGUUGCUCGGGAGAUGGCUUCCCGGAAGGAAUAUGGAUCUAAUUGGUCAGCUUUCAUCUUUCCUCAUCUUAUGUUCGAUGCUACAAUUUCGAGUACACGUAACCUAUCAAAACUAUAAACAAAGAACACAUCAUGAUUCGCGGGACCUCUCUUGCUUCUGUGCCAUACCAUUCAUACCAGGGAUCAUUUGAUUGUCUACUGUGCAACGUAUCGUACGUUAAUGUUUAUAUUUUAUUUUCAAAUAGAAGUUAACUCCAUAAAUACUACAGUUCCGAUGAUAGAUACACGUCUUGUAUAGCGAUAAUUGGAUUUUAAACAUUUUACAAGUACGUUUUGCAACCAUACUUGCGGCUUCUUAAUCAUUGAAUAUUAUUUCAAUCUUAAAUUGAUUACAAAAUAAAGGAGAUGAUUCAUUUAUAUUCUGAAUUCUUCGUUUCCAAGGCUUACCAGUAGAGGGCUAGAAAUUGAGAAUGGUUGUUAAUUUUUGAAAAUUUAUUAUCAUAGUGAUUUGAAUAUUUUUGAACGACAAGUUUUCUGUUUGCCCGGAAAGAAUGCGCAUGUGUCCAAACGUAAUGCAGUUAUAUAAAUCCUUUAUCAGUACGAAUCAAGAAGAGGAAUUUUCUUACUUUUUUUUAUCUCUCUAACCUACACGAACGUGCAAGUGUUUAUGUCAGAUGGCAUUAAUUUAUACAGAAAAUUAAUAGAUAUACAAG